AUGCAGUGUGUCCCUGCCAUCUCGUCCAUCCCCUGGUACACCACCGCCACUCUCCUGGUAAUAGUGCUGUCAGUAAAGGGGCUCAAAGACCUGGCCAAUGACCUGGCCAGGAGACGCAGUGACUCUCAGAUUAAUAGGCGACCCAGUGAUGUCCUCAUCUCCCAGAGUUUCAGCCCAUCUCAGUGGAAGGAUGUGUGUGUGGGAGAUGUGUUGCGGAUUCACAAAGACCAGAUCAUCCCGGCAGAUCUACUUCUCCUCUGCAGCUCCGAGCCACACAGCCUGUGCUACGUGGAGACAGCUGACAUUGAUGGAGAGACCAACCUGAAGUACCGACAGGCCCUGGACGCAACCCACACAGAGAUGACCUCUGACCCCACAGAACAGACCUUGGCUUCCUUCGAUGGCAUUGUGUUGUGUGAGGAGCCCAACAGUCAUCUGUACACCUUCCGAGGGGAGCUCCACUGGAGAGGAGAGUGCCACCCUCUGGACAGUGAACACAUCCUGCUGAGAGGAACAGUACUUCGCAAUACAGAUACAGCCUAUGGCAUGGCCAUAUACACCGGCUCAGACAGUAAGAUCCUUCGUAACGUUGGUCAGCUAAGAGUCAAGAUGACUCAGAUUGAGAAGGUCCUGAACAAAGUGGUCAUUGGGAUAGUGCUGUUCCUACUGUUGAUGGCUCUACUGCUGGCUGUGGGGUCGGGAGUGUUUGAGGGGCGCGUGUCGUCCCAAAUAGAAGUUCUGUCUGCCUUAACGAGGGGCAACUCGCCCAUCUACACAGCCUUCCUCACCUACUGGAGCUAUGUGAUCCUGCUCAGCCCUGCCAUGCCCAUGGCUCUCUACAUCACGUUUGAGAUGAUCCACGUGCUGCACAGCCUGUUCAUAGGCUGGGACGUAGAGAUGCGAGGAGGGGUGGAGAGAUCCAUCCCUGCCCAGGCCCGGAACACCUCUCUGAAUGAGGAACUGGGUCAGGUGGGAUAUCUGCUGAGUGACAAGACGGGCACCCUCACCCAGAACCACCUGCUCUUCAGACAGUGCUGCAUCGCAGGGGACGUCUAUGGAGAUGCGUUAAUCAGUGCAGAGGAAUCACAGACAUUAGACCUGAGCUGGAACCCGUUCUCCUGUGGGGGUCUGUAUCUGUCUGACCAGCGGCUGGUGGACAGGUUGAGGGGACAGCAGUGUACACAGAGCAGACAGUUCCUCACCGCCCUGGCACUCUGCCACACCGUCAUGACUGAGUGGAAGAAAGGGGCCCCGGUGUACCAGGCUGCGUCCCCAGACGAAGAGGCCCUGGUGGGAGCAGCCAGGGAGCUGGGCUGGGUCUUCCUCUCCAGGACCAGGGACUCUCUGACAGUCAGUGAGCUGGGCCUCAAACGCCACUACCAGCUCCUCACCCUGCUUGACUUCACCAGCCAGAGGAGACGCAUGUCUGUACUGGUGCGGGAGCCAGAGGGAGGGCUGAAGUUAUACUGUAAAGGUGCUGACAUGGUGAUCCUGGAGAGACUACAAAAAGACUGUCCACAUCUGGAGAGCACUGAGAGAGCCUUAGAUCUGUUUGCCCAGUCCUGUCUGAGGACCCUGUGUAUAGCUGAGCGUACUGUACCUGAGGGCAAAUGGGUGGAGUGGAGCAAAACCAUGGCCCAGGCUGCCAUGUCAACCCGUAACCGUGAUGACAUGCUGGAACAGCUGUAUGAUGACAUGGAGAGAGAUCUAAAGCUGCUGGGGGUGACAGCUAUAGAGGACCGGCUGCAGGACGGGGUCCCUGAGACCAUCUCCAUGCUCAGACAGGCUGGACUCAAAGUCUGGGUGCUGACCGGGGACAAGAAAGAGACAGCGGUGAACAUAGGGUACGCCUGCAGACUUCUGGAUCCUGAUACCAGACUACUAGAAGGGGAUGAACUGAGGCAGCUCCUCCAGUCUCCUGAUCCAGAGAUUACUUUCUCCAAGGGCAAAGAGACAGAGCUGUGGUGUGUGGACAGGGAGAGGGCUGGGGAGAAAUCAGCACUGGUCCUCACCGGCCCUGAACUGACAGAGUUUGACACCAGGCCAGAUUGGGGUGCCAGGUUCAUGUCCCUGGCAGUGCUGUGCCAGUCAGUACUGUGUUGCCGUGUGACUCCCAGCCAGAAGGCUGACGUGGUCACGCUCGUUAGGAAAAACACCACCUCUAUCACCAUGGCAAUAGGAGAUGGUGCCAACGACAUGAACAUGAUCAAGACGGCUCAUAUAGGGGUAGGUUUGGCUGGUGUAGAAGGGGGUCAGGCAGUUCAGAAUGCUGACUAUGCCCUGGCCAAGUUCAGUUUCCUACAGAGACUCCUAUUGGUCCACGGACGCUGGUCGUACCGCCGAAUCGCUGUCUUUCUGCGUUACUUCCUGUACAAAACCUGCGGCUUCGCUUUGGUGCACAUCUGGUUCAGCUUCUUCAACGGCUUCAGUGCCCAGUCUCUGUAUGAGAAUUGGUUCAUCAUCCUGUACACUGUGUUAUACACCGCCAUGCCAGUACAAUGCCUGGGCAUUUUUGAGCAGGAUGUAAGUGCAGAGGGCAGUCUGAGCUGGCCGGAGCUCUAUAAGGUUGGCCAGAGACAGGAGCUGUUCAACCCCUGGUUGCUGGCUGCCACCCUGCUCCAUGCCCUCUACACCUCUCUGGUCCUCUUCUUCAUGCCCCUAGGGGUCUUCUACAACUCUGCCCUGGACUACCAGACCAUGGCUGUCACUGUCAGCAUAGCAUUGUUGUUCUCUGCCACCAUUGAGAUCGUUCUCCUGACCAGACACUGGACUAAGUGGAGUGUGGCUGCGAUGGGUGUCAGCUUUGGCCUGUUCUUUGUGUGUACGCCAAUCACUCACAGUCCCAAGCUAUUUGAGAAGUCCCCGGUAGACUACUACUUCCCUGGUGUGUCUCAGAAUGCCUUCCCCAGCCCGGUGGUGUGGCUCACAGCCCUGCUGACAGCCUGGACCGCUGUCCUACCCUCCUUUACCAUCCACGCCAUCAACAUCAUCCUCACUAACCCAGACAAACAUAAGGUUCACAACACCAAGCGUGGACCUGUAGAGCUUCAGAAGUUUUGCUUCAGGAGAGGAGACUCCCGCCGCCGCUCCUCCUACGCCAUGUCCCAGGGCCGAGGCAUCGGCCGUCUCAUCACCUCUGGAACUAGCCUCCGUAGCACAGCUCCCCCAGUGGACAGGAGGGGAACUUUAGGUGAUAAUGUCACACUAGCAGGCCAAACACAGACAGUGGAGAGCGAUGAUGCUCCAAAGAAUAUUACUGAAAAUGGUUCAUCCAAAUAGAUGGAAACGGGAUUGAUAAUGUGUGUACGUCCCUCCACAACUACAAGAAUAAUACAUUUUCUGCAGCAGUAAAAACAUUGCAAAUAGGGCCUGUCUAUAGGGUCAUAGUUUAGCCCAUGAUUUAGCCCUGGUAGUUCAGCACCAUGGACAGCAGAAGCCCAGACCGUGGGGCAACAGUUCAAACGGUGGUUCGAUGAUAUGGCAGUGGUCUUUGAGGAUGGCAUACAGAUGUAUGAUCUUAAUUUGAUCACCCUGUUGCAGGAGAUACACUACAUUACCAAAAGUAUGUGGAC